AUACUAAAGCUAACACGGGAGACCAAAAAGAUCCUACCAUCUAUAUCACUAUCUGUCACUGUCCCUCAUACAUUAACUAUCCUUGAUCAGGUAAUGCUAGCAGAGUUGCUGGAACAAGAAGGUGCUGACAUAAUUCAGACUGAAGGCGGAAAAUAUUCAAAUCCAACAAAACCUGGAGUUAUGGGUUUAAUUGAGAAGGCAACACCAACCAUAGCUGCUGCAUAUUCUAUUGCAAGGGCUGUUAAAAUUCCAGUUAUGUGUUCAUCUGGACUUAGUGCUGUUACAGCACCCAUGGCCUUGGCUGCAGGAGCAGCUGGAGUG